CCUCUCCCCGCCCGCCGGCUGCCGGCUGCGGCCCCGCCUCCCGCCCCCUCCCCGCCGCUGGGCCCAUUCUGCGGCCUCUGCCCGCCUCGCCCCCGCCCGGGCCUCCUCCCGCUUUCUCUCUGCGCUUCGCCUCCAGCCUCCGGAGGAGCCCGCUGCGGCGGGGCGCCGGGAAGAUGGCGACGGGAGGCGGCGGCGGCGAGGGGGGCGCGGGCCUGGGUGGCGCGGCGGGGUCGGAGCCGCGGGGGCCGGGCCCCUCCGCCGAGAUGGGCGAGGACGCCCGCGGCCCCGCGCCCUCCGCGCUGCACCCGGAGGAGGUCGCCGCGCGGCUGCAGCGGAUGCGCCGGGAGCUGAGCAACCGCAGGAAAAUCCUGGUUAAAAACCUGCCCCAGGACAGCAACUGCCAGGAAGUUCACGAUUUAUUACAAGAUUUUGAGUUAAAGUAUUGUUAUGUGGACAGAAAUAAGAGAACAGCAUUUGUUACCUUGUUGAAUGGGGAACAAGCCCAGAAUGCAAUUCAGAUGUUUCAUCAAUAUUCUUUUCGAGGAAAAGACCUAAUAGUCCAGCUGCAGCCAACAGAUGCUUUGCUGUGCAUUACCAACUUGCCACCUUCUUUUACAUUAGAAGAGUUUGAAGAACUUGUUCGUGCUUAUGGAAAUAUCGAGAGAUGUUUUCUGGUCUACAGUGAAGUUACUGGCCAUUCCAAAGGCUAUGGAUUUGUGGAAUACAUGAAAAAGGACUUUGCUGCAAAGGCUAGAUUGGAGCUGUUGGGCAAACAGUUGGGAGCAUCAGCUCUCUUUGCACAGUGGAUGGAUGUUAAUCUAUUGGCCGCAGAGCUCAUUCAUUCUAAGUGCCUUUGUGUAGAUAAACUCCCUGCAGACUAUAGGGAUUCAGAGGAGCUGUUGCAAUUUUUCUCCAGUAUCCAUAAACCUGUGUUUUGCCAGCUUGCACAGGAUGAAGGUAGUUACGUUGGCGGCUUUGCAGUGGUUGAGUAUAGCACUGCAGAGCAUGCUGAGGAGGUUCAGCAGGCUGCUGAUGGUAUGACCAUCAAGGGAAGCAAAGUCCAAGUUUCCUUCUGCGCCCCAGGAGCUCCGGGGCGAAGUACGUUAGCAGCGUUGAUAGCAGCUCAACGUGUGAUGCACAGUAAUCAGAAGGGCUUACUCCCAGAGCCAAAUCCUGUACAAAUUAUGAAGAGUUUAAACAACCCUGCCAUGUUGCAAGUUCUUCUACAGCCCCAGCUCUGCGGGCGAGCUGUUAAACCAGCAGUUCUUGGAACACCUCACAGCUUGCCACAUCUGAUGAAUCCAUCCAUCUCCCCUGCAUUUUUACAUUUGAAUAAAGCACAUCAGAGCUCAAUUAUGGGUAAUACUUCUAAUUUAUUCCUUCAGAAUCUUUCCCACGUUCCACUGGCACAGCAACAGUUAAUGAAGUUUGAGAAUAUUCAUAUUAAUAAUAAACCAGGCUUACUGGGAGAGCCCCCGGCCAUGGUGCUGCAGCCUGCGGGAGGCAUAGGCUCCGCGCUUCCCUUGAAAACAGAGUUGGGUCAUCAUGGAGAAGCACAUAAAACAUCUAAUCUGAUUCCAACUCAAACAACAAUAGCAGCUGGAAUGGGCAUAUUACCAUUCUUUCCAAAUCAGCACAUUGCUGGACAAGCUGGGCCAGGGCAUGGGAACACUCAGGAGAAACAGCCGGCCUCCGUGGGCAUAGCAGAAGGAAAUCUCUCAGGGUCACAGGCUUAUCUUCAGAGCUUUCCAAACCUUACUGCUGGAGGUUUGCUGACAGGACACCAUAAGCAACAACAGAGUCAGCCAAAAGGCACGGAGAUGAGUUCAGGGGCUGCCUCUAAGAAUCAGACUUCACUCUUGGGAGAGCCACCAAAAGAAAUUCGGCUCAGUAAAAAUCCAUACUUGAACUUGGCAAGUGUGUUGCCCAGUGUGUGCUUAUCAUCCCCUGCAAGUAAAACCACUCUCCAGAAGACUGGAAUUGCAAGCAGCAUUCUGGAUGCGAUGUCUCAGGGAAAUGAAUCUCAGCACACAUUAGAAAAGUGCAUUGCUUAUUCGCAGCCUUUCGGUGAUUAUGCACAGGUGUCAUCUUUAAGGAAUGAAAAGCGAGGCUCAUCUUAUCUCAUCUCUGCCCCGGAAGGUGGUUCCGUGGAAUUUGCUGACCAGCACUCUCAGGGCACGGGAGCAUAUUACAUGGAGACCUACUUAAAAAAGAAGCGCGUGUACUGAGUUAAGUUUUCUCCUUAUAUAACCUCUUAAGGUUCUUUGCAGUAUCUCUGCGGUUUAUCGCUGCCUUAACUACAUUCAUACUAGCCAUAUCCUUUAAAUACGGGUUUAUAAUUUCCCAGAAGGAACUGUGUUGUGCAGCAGGCAGAAUUGCCAAAUAAAAAGUAAGUAGCAAUAAGAAAAGACAUCAAUUGCGGACAUUUUCCAAUAGAAUUAGAUUACUUGAUCAGUGAGGUAAUAACUUAUAGUCCACUGCAGAAAUUAACGAUAUUCCUUGUUUUAGGGCAGGGAAUAAUUUUGACACCAUAUAUAAAAGUUUGAAGCAAUAAAUGGGAAACGGUCUUGUUUCCUGGGCCUUAGAAGAAUGAGUUUCUUACAAGCCAAUGUGCAUUUCUAUUUCCUUUCCCUAGAAGUAAUCUCAUUCAUAGACUUUUAGAACUACAAGUACAAAAUGCAGCAAUGGUUAAAAAAAAGAUGUUCUACAUGCAAAUUAAAUUAUUACCCCCACACCAGCCAUGUAAUAUAAAACCCAAACAUAGAGGGACAGUGAUGUCCAGCUAUGGAUUAUUUACUUUUAAUAUGCUAUUAACCAUUUAUGCCUUUUGUGAAAAACACAAGGUAUUUUAAGAAAAGUAGCAAACCAUACUCUGGGGUUAAAUUCAGUCCUCCACCUGUU